AUGUCCUCAGACACUCGAUUGUUUUCAGCCAUCAUUGAAAAUAUUUCCCCAUUUUCCUUUUGCUUUCAGCAUUUCCUUCUUUCUUUUAUCUCUUUGCUGCAUUUCCUAACAUUUCUUCUUAAAACUAUUCCCUCCCUAUCAUCUAUCUAUCUAUCUAUCUAUCUAUCUAUCUAUCUCACUAUAUUUAAAUCUUUUCAUAUCUAUCUAUCUAUUUGUUUGUCUGUCUGUUCAUAUUCAUCUAUCUAUCUAUCAAUGUAUCUAUCUAUCGUCAGUCUGUUCAUAUCUAUCUAUCUAUCUAUCUCACUAUAUUUAAAUCUUUUCAUAUCUAUCUAUCUAUCUAUUUGUUUGUCUGUCUGUUCAUAUCUAUCUAUCUAUCUAUCUAUCAAUGUAUCUAUCUAUCGUCAGUCUGUUCAUAUCAUCUAUCUAUCUAUCUAUCUAUCUAUCUAUCUAUCUAUCUAUCUCACUAUAUUUAAAUCUUUUCAUAUCUAUCUAUUUGUUUGUCUGUCUGUUCAUAUCUAUCUAUCUAUCUAUCAAUGUAUCUAUCUAUCGUCAGUCUGUUCAUAUCUAUCUAUCUAUCUAUCUCAGUUUUUUCAUAGCUAUAUCUAUCGUUCUAUCUAUCGCAGUCUUUUCAAGCUAUAUUUAAAUCUUUUCAUAUCUAUCUAUCUAUCUAUUUGUUUGUCUGUCUGUUCAUAUCUAUCUAUCUAUCUAUCUAUCAAUGUAUCAUUCAUCGUCAUCGUCAGUUCAUGUUCAUAUCUAUCUAUCUAUCAUCUAUCAUCUAUCUAUCUAUCUAUCUAUCUCACUAUAUUUAAAUCUUUUCAUAUCUAUAUAUCUAUCUAUUUGUUUGUCUGUCUGUUCAUAUCUAUCUAUCUAUCUAUCAAUGUAUCUAUCUAUCGUCAGUCUGUUCAUAUCUAUCUAUCUAUCUAUCUAUCUAUCUAUCUAUCUCAGUUUUUUCAUAGCUAUAUCUAUCGUUCUAUCUAUCGCAGUCUUUUCAAGCUAUAUUUAAAUCUUUUCAUAUCUAUAUAUCUAUCUAUUUGUUUGUUUGUCUGUUCAUGUUCAUAUCAUCUAUCUAUCUAUCUAUCUAUCUAUCAAUCUGUCUAUCUAUCGUCAGUCUGUUCAUAUCUAUCUCAGUUUUUCAUAUCUAUCUAUCUUAUCUGUCUAUCUAUCUAUUUGUUUGUCUGUCUGUUCACAUUCAUCUAUCUAUCUAUCAAUCUAUCUAUCGUCAGUCUGUUCAUAUCUAUCUAUCUAUCUAUCUAUCUAUCUAUCUAUCUCAUAGUUAUGUUCAUAUUCAUCUAUCUAUCUAUCAUCUAUCUAUCUAUCUAUCUAUCUAUCUAUCUAUCUUCAGUCUGUUCUAUCUAUCUAUCUAUCUAUCUAUCUCAUCUUUUCAUCUAUCUAUCUAUCUAUCUAUCUAUCUAUCUAUCUUUUCAAAAUACUAUACCAAAAUGCAUUUCGCCUAUAUGGCUUCAUCAGAUGGAUAACGAAAGAUCUAUCUAUCUAUUUAUUCUUCAUAUAUAUCUAUGUAACUCAUUUCCUUCCUUCCUAUCUAUCUAUCUAUCUAUCUAUCUAAUAUUGCUUAGUGUGAUCAAUACCUGUGGUAGAGAGUAUGCAGAUAUAAUCUAUCCUAAUGUGUUCAGAUCUAUCUAUCUAUCUAUCUAUAUAUCUAUCUAUCUAUCUAUCUAUCCUUUAUCCUUUCUUUCUACCUCAUUCAUUUAUCUAUCUAUCUAUCUAUCUAUCUAUCUAUCCUUUCUUUCUAUCCUUUCUAUUCAUCUUUUUAUAUCUAUUCAUCUUUUAUAUCUAUCUAUCUAUCUAUCUAUCUAUCUAUCUAUCUAUCUAUCUAUCCUUUCUUUCUCUACCUCUAUUCAUCUUUUAUAUCUAUCUAUCUAUCUAUCUAUCUAUCUAUCUAUCUAUCUAUCUAUCUAUCUAUCUAUUCUUUCUUUCUCGCUGCAUUUUCAUUCUAUGUUUUGUUUCCAUUCUCCGACACCCAUCUUCAGAGAUUCGUUUUUCUCUCAGUCACCAUUUUUCCCACCUCUUUUUUUUUUUGCUUUUGUUCUCCUUUCUCUCGACAAUUCGUUCUUUUAUUCUUUUUUGAAUGAGUUUUCAUUCUUCUCUUUUCUUCACAUCAUAAGCCUUCUCAACAUUUUAUUCCUUCCCCCCACUCUUUCUGUCCUUUCUCCUCAUUCUUGUUAUUCAAUGCUCUCUUUUUCCCCAAAUCUUUUGAGUAGAUUUGCUGCCAGCAAAAUACGGGCCCUUUUCAUUGUUUACUAG